AUGCCCAAGAAAGAGGCCGUCUCAGGUUCAAAGACCAAGAAAGCCCCGGCUCAACAAUCAUCGACCAGUAUCGACGACAUCUUUGCCGCCCCUAAAGCCAAGAAGACUUCUACGGUCCCGGAACCCAACACCAAGAAGGACAAAGGCAAGUCGAAAGCUUCUUCUGAAGCAAAUGUUGCUUCCUCAAGCAAGGUAGAGGAAGGCGAGAAGAAGAAGAAGAAGAAGGUCAAGAAGGCCGCCGAAUUCAAGCCUGAAGAAGAGGUUGAGGAAAGCAAGGUGGAGACUGUAGUUGAUCCUUCGACUAUUCCCGUGGCGGUGCCCGAACCGGCUGUCAAGCCAAAGAAGGAUAAGGGAAAGAAGAGGUCUGCCCAGGAGGAUGAGGAGGACGAGAUGUUCAAGGAUUCUCGGGGAACUGGGCCUCGGCGAAAGACGGAGGAAGGCUUCUUGAUCUACAAGGAGAAAGAGCUGGAGAUCGACCCCGAGGCUGGGGGUACACCCCUUUGUCCAUUCGACUGUGACUGCUGCUUCUAA